GUCUAACUCGGGAGGUGAAGAGGACAGCAACAAGAGCAAGAGAAAGGAAUUGAAGAGAAGAGAGUAGUCGAAGGAAGGAGAGGAGGAAAGAGAGGCAAACAGGCUACUACUUCAUAAUGUUGCUGUUUAAACCGGUGGUGAUGGUGGUGGUGAUGGUGGUGAUGGUGGUGGUGGAGGGGAGAGACACCAGCUUCGUCUCCUCACACCUGUUGGAAGAACCUAUCCACCUUCGCGGCGAGGUGCAGGACCUUGAGGCCCCGUCCCGGACCCGCCGCUCCCCAAUCUUCAAGCUCCUGGGGCUGUUCAAGAAGAGACCAAGUCCCUCUUAUGGCCCCCCGCCCAAGGCCCCUGCCCCGUCCUAUGGUCCGCCCCCUAAGGCCCCUGCCCCGUCCUAUGGUCCGCCCCCUAAGGCCCCCGCCCCGUCCUAUGGCCCCCCGCCCAAGGCCCCUGCCCCGUCCUAUGGUCCGCCCCCUAAGGCCCCCGCCCCGUCCUAUGGCCCCCCGCCCAAGGCCCCUGCCCCGUCCUAUGGUCCGCCCCCUAAGGCCCCCGCCCCGUCCUAUGGCCCUCCACCUAAAGCUCCUGCCCCAUCUUAUGGCCCUCCCCCUAAGGCCCCCGCCCCGUCCUAUGGCCCACCACCUAAAGCUCCCGCCCCGUCCUAUGGCCCUCCACCCAAGGCUCCUGCCCCGUCCUAUGGCCCUCCACCUAAAGCUCCUGCCCCAUCCUAUGGCCCCCCGCCCAAGGCACCACGUCCAUCUUAUGGUCCUCCGCCUAAGGCUCCUGCUCCAUCUUAUGGCCCUCCCCCAAAGGCCCCUUCCCCAUCCUAUGGCCCCCCUCCCAAAGCCCCUGCACCAUCCUAUGGCCCCCCUCCUAAAGCUCCAUCCCCAUCCUAUGGCCCCCCACCCAAGGCCCCUGCACCAUUGCCCCCUCCUAAGCUCCAUCCCCAUCCUGGCCCCCCACCCAAGGCCCCUGCACCAUCCUAUGGCCCCCCUCCUAAAGCUCCGUCCCCAUCCUAUGGCCCCCCACCCAAGGCCCCUCAGCCCUCCUAUGGUCCCCCUCCCAAAGCUCCCUCUCCGUCCUAUGGCCCUCCGCCCAAAGCACCAAGCCCAUCCUAUGGUCCUCCCCCUAAGGCCCCCAGGCCUUCUUAUGGCCCCCCGCCCAAGGCUCCCCGGCCUUCCUAUGGUCCCCCGCCCAAGAAGCCCAGGCCGUCCUACGGCCACCACUGAUGCUGCUGUCGGUUGAGGGAGGCAGAGGGCGCGGCGACAGGCGGACGGUGAGGCAGGGGGGAGGAGGAGGAGGAGGUAGAUCUCUCUCUCUCUCUCUCUCUCUCUUACUAAACGACUAGGUAAAUCAAUGAAUAGGUAAACACAAAUAACUAAAAUAUAUAAUAAUAAUAAAAAAAAGAAUAAUCGUGUGUAAUGAGCGGCGUCGAUAUGUUUCUGUUUGAAGGAAUGUGCGAAGCACAAACAUUAUUAUUUUGUUUGUUUGUUUGUUUGCAUGAAUCUGUUAAGUUUGUAUAACGUUUUGAUACUUAGCGCGAGAAAAAAUAAAAACCGAUUACUUUGA